AUGGACGCGUCCUGGCGCCAGGUGGCCGGGGGCCGAGGCCGAGCCCGAGGCCGAAUCGCGAGUUGUCGCCAGCGUUCGUUGUUUUCCCAAAAUCUCGUGGAGAUCUGGCCACCUCCCCUUUUGGGUGGAACGAAUCUCGUGGCUUCGGUGACCUUGUGCGAGGCCGCAGCCCCCCUCCCGUCCCGCUCCUGGGGCCCCUUGUCGUCUGCGGUCCUUGCCAGGCUGCCUGUGUAUUGCCUUCACCUGCCGGCUCCCUGGAGCUCCUGGCGCGGCCCGCGGCUGUGGCUCCUCUCCACAAGGGUGGUGUUCUUCCGUGGGUACAGCUGGUGUCCGCGCCUGACUUCCAAGACUGAGCUUUGUGGGCCUGAGCGCAGGGACACACACACAGUUACAGAGCUAAUGUCUCAAAAGAAAUUUGAUGAAAUCAAGAAGGCUAAUCAAGCUGCAGCCAAAAAACUCAUUGAAGAACACUUCAGCUCUUCCUCUGAAGAGGAAGGGGAUGAGGACUUUGAAGGAAAACGAGGAAGAAUAGUUGCUAAUACAUUCAUAACGUAUACUACUCAAACAGAUGGAGAUUCAUGUGAACUGGAGCGAACAAAACAGUAUGUAAAUGAAGCUUUUCAAGCAGGGGCUAUGACUUGCUUAAUUUGUAUUGCGUCAGUGAAGAGAAACCAAGCAGUUUGGAGCUGUUCAGGAUGUUUCUGUAUAUUUCACAUGCCCUGUAUCCAGAAGUGGGCUAAAGACAGCCAGUUUCUUGUAUCUUCUCUGACAGAUGAUGAUUUUGGAAAGAGAGAUUAUCCCUGGCCUUGUCCAAAAUGUAGGUUUGAAUACAAACGAUCUGAAACCCCUAGCAGGUACUAUUGCUACUGUGGAAAAGUGGAAGAUCCGCCUUUAGACCCAUGGCUGGUGCCUCAUUCCUGCGGCCAAGUUUGUGAGAGAGAAUUUAGGCCUCCUUGUGGUCAUAAGUGUUUACUCCUCUGUCAUCCAGGUCCCUGUCCUCCUUGUCCAAAGAUGGUCACAAUCACUUGUUACUGUAAGAAGGCAAAGCCUAUCCCUCGGAGGUGCAGUGCCAAGGAGUGGUCCUGCCAGCUGCCAUGUGGACAGAAGUUGCUCUGUGGGCAGCACAAGUGUGAAAAUCCCUGUCACGCAGGAAGCUGUCCGCCCUGUCCCAGAGUCAGUAGACAGAAGUGUGUCUGUGGCAGAAAGAUGGCUGAAAGAAGUUGUGCGAGUCCUCUGUGGCACUGUGAUCAAGUAUGUGGGAAAACACUGCCAUGUGGUAAUCACACAUGCGAGAAAGUUUGCCAUGUUGGUGCUUGUGGAGAAUGUCCUCGCUCUGGGAAAAGGUUCUGUCCCUGUCAGAAAUCAAAGUUUUCUUUGCCUUGUACGGAAGAUGUACCAACUUGUGGAGACAGUUGUGACAAAGUACUUGAAUGUGGAAUCCACAGAUGUUCCCAGCGUUGUCACCGAGGUCCUUGUGAAACAUGUAGACAAGAAGUGGAAAAGCAUUGCCGGUGUGGGAAGCAUACAAAACGAAUGCCAUGUCAUAAGCCUUACCUUUGUGAAACCAAGUGUGUUAAGAUGCGUGACUGUCAGAAACAUCAGUGUCGGAGAAAGUGUUGCCCUGGAAACUGUCCACCUUGUGAUCAAAACUGUGGACGGACUUUAGGAUGUAGAAACCAUAAGUGUCCAUCUGUCUGCCACAGAGGCAGUUGCUAUCCCUGCCCUGAGACUGUGGAUGUGAAAUGUAAUUGUGGUAAUACAAAGGUGACAGUACCCUGCGGCCGAGAACGUACCACAAGGCCACCCAAGUGCAAAGAGCUGUGCGGUCAGCCACCAAGUUGUCAUCAUACAAGUCAAGAAAAACAUCGCUGUCACUUUGGUGCUUGUCCUCCGUGUCAUCAGCCUUGCCAAAAAGUUUUGGAGAAAUGUGGUCACUUAUGUCCUGCUCCAUGUCAUGAUCAAGCAUUAAUAAAGCAGACUGGCAGGCCCCAGCCCACGGGUCCUUGGGAGCAGCCUUCGGAGCCAGCGUUCAUUCAGACGGCACUGCCUUGUCCUCCAUGUCAAGUUCCUAUUCCUACGGAGUGUCUUGGGAAGCAUGAGGUGAGUCCACUCCCAUGCCAUGCUGUAGGACCAUACUCUUGUAAGAGAGUUUGUGGACGGACCUUAGAGUGUCAGAAUCACACAUGUAUGAAAGAAUGCCACAAAGUAACUGAAGUUGAUGGCUGCACUGGCAAAAGCAAGGCUGGCCCAGAAUGUCUUCAUUGUGAAGAAGGGUGCUCUAAGUCACAGCCAUUGGGCUGUCCUCAUCCAUGUGUCUUACCAUGUCACCCUGGAGAAUGUCCACCUUGUGUUCAGAUGCUUAGAAUAAAAUGUCACUGCAAGAUCACAAGCUUGUAUGUAGAGUGUAGAAAAAUAACCACAGCUGAUGUAAAUGAAAAGAACCUCCUCGGUUGUUGCAAAAAUCAGUGCCCUAAAGAGCUUCCUUGCGGUCAUAGAUGCAAAGAGAUGUGUCAUCCUGGUGAUUGUCCCUUUAAUUGCAACCAGAAGGUUAAACUUAGAUGUCCUUGUAAAAGAAUUAAAAAGGAAUUGCCGUGCAACAAAGUACGUGAAAACCAGGUUUCGGUGGAGUGUGAUGCAACGUGCAGGGAAAUGAAGCGGAAAGCAUCAGAGAUAAAAGAAGCAGAAGCCAAAGCUGCUCUUGAAGAGGAGAAGCGAAGACAACAGGCUGAACUAGAGGCUUUUGAAAACAGACUGAGGGGUCGUCGGAAGAAGAACAGGAAGAGAGAUGAAGUGACUGUUGAGCUGUCGCUGUGGCAGAAAUACAAAUACUACCUCCUUGCAACGUGCGGGGCUGCAGUCAUGGUGUUGGCGUGGUACGUUGCCCGUGACAUGGAAUAAAGAGCCUCGAUCUUUUCGUAUACCUCAGACUGGACUUAGACAAGUUGUUAAAUUUGGAAUGCUAGAAAAUGUAUCUUGUAGAACAUGGACUAUAGUCACAUUCAUCUCUGUGUUCUCUUCUAGAAGGACAGAAUGUUGAGCCUAUCUCAACUCGUAGACUAAAAAGGGCCGUAUGACACUGCUUAAGUAAAAGCAUAACUGAAAUGGUGAGGUGUUUCACAACGCUUUGCUAGUGGCAGAGUAAUAUGCUUGUUCAUUGGGCUUCCUUGUAUUAGCUUCGUUUUUUAAUUUGAUAUUUCAAGCCAACACACUCUUUAUAAUAAUUCGGACGAAACUGAGCCAUCCGUGCAGUUGAGGAACAUUUCUCUGUGUGUUGAUUCCUUAUUGAGGGGUUCUUUUCUUGAUCAUGGAACUUUGUACUUUUUUAAAAAAAGUGAUCCUCUAGAAGACUUCUUAAAUUAUAACAAGAAGCUGUAUACUUAGAUUUCAGAAGCUGGCUUAUUGGUGAGGAAUUUUGAUCAGUCGUUGAAAUAAAUUUCAUGUGGUGUGUUCCUUAGAAAAGAUGGUUGUUUUCCACAAAGGCCAGACCAGAGUCCUCACCUGUUGCCGUUUCUUAUGUAAUAAGCUUUUCCCUGAAGUUGGCAUGUUUUAUAAACCUUGUAUGUGUCUUUUAAAAAUAAUAAUAAAAAGAAAAUUAAUAUUUAUGAACUCUAUGUGCUGAGCACUGCGCUCAUGGGCUUUAUGUACUUUAUUCUCACUGUUCCACAAUCCUAAAUAGAUUGCAGCUGAAAAUAAUCAGUUCUUAUGAAAAUAACCCGAUAGAGAAAGAAGUCAAAUAUGUUUGAAUUGUAAUUCAUUUUAUAAAUAGUUUUGCCAUUUAAUUUUUAUAUGAUUAAUGUUUUCAUUAAAAUUUUUAUACCAAA